UAGAAACCAGCCAUAGCAGAAGGCUACAUGUACAACGAUCAGCGGACCAUUCCCACAAUAGUCACAAUGCCUGGCGUACUUGCUCAACAGCCGGUGAAGGUGCCUAGCAAGCGUGUGUUGCAAGAGACGACCAGUUCGCGACGUAACCAACAAAUCUCACCCUCGAAGAAACGGAAACUCGAUGGUGGAGCAACGGCCCAGUUCAAGACGCCUGCCAGGAAGGUCGUCAAUGGCAGCCAUGCCGGUUCUAGCCAGCCAAAAAGCCAGUUUGAGCAGGAGGUGCUGGAAAAGCUGACCCAGAACAUCGACGAAUUGAAGCAGCAGAAUGCUGAGAAGGACCAGCAUUGGGGACGUCCUUCUCUGGGUAGUUUCGAUGAGAAGACGCAAGACCUUUGCUUUCAGUCGAUUGAGGCGGAGGAGGGCACCCUCCAUGGAGGUAGGGCAACCGUCAAGCUCUUCGGCGUCACGGAGACCGGACAUUCGGUUCUGCUGCAUGUCACGGACUUCCUCCAUUACCUCUACGUUGCCGCCCCUGUGUCUUUCACGAAGAGCGACUGCGAGCCUUUCAAGACCUACCUCGAGACGCACAUGGGACAGCAUGCUGCAGCAAUUCACUCCGUGCAGAUGGUGCUUCGCGAGAAUCUGUUCGGCUUCCAAGGGAACCAGAAGAGCCCGUACCUGAAGAUCACAGUGACCGAUCACAAGCACAUCAACAAGCUGCGAACUACGAUAGAGCGAGGUGACGCGAACUACAAAGGCCUGUGGAAGGCUGCAGAAGGCGGCAUCCUCACCUUCGACAACAUCCAGUACGUACUGCGCUUCAUGAUCGACACCAAAGUAUCUGGCAUGUCCUGGGUUUCCGUAGACCCUGGCAAGUAUCAUCUGAUAUCGCCCCAAACCAAGCACUCGCAUUGCCAGAUCGAAGCCUACUGUCACUACCGCGAUCUGAUUGCGCAUCCUAUUGACGGAGAGUGGCAGAAGAUGGCGCCUCUCCGUGUUCUGAGCUUCGACAUCGAAUGUGCUGGCCGCAAAGGUGUCUUUCCAGAAGCGAAUAUCGACCCUGUCAUCCAGAUUGCGAACGUUGUUACGAGAUACGGCGAGGAGAAACCGUUUGUCCGGAAUGUCUUCUGCAUGGACACUUGCAGCCUGAUCGUCAACACUCAGAUUUUCGAGUUCGGCUCAGAGGAGAAGAUGCUGAUGGCGUGGCGAGACUUCGUCCAGGAGGUCGACCCAGAUGUCAUCAUUGGGUACAACAUCUGCAACUUCGACUUCCCGUAUCUUCUGGACCGAGCAGCGCACCUCAAGGUCGCUCCGUUCCCUUUCUGGUCCCGGUUGAAGAAUGUCAAGUCCGUGGCUAGAGAUACGAACUUCUCCAGCAAACAGAUGGGCAACAGAGACACCAAGGCUACCAACACCAAUGGCCGCUUGCAGCUCGAUCUUCUGCAGCUCGUUCAGCGCGACUAUCAGCUGCGAAGCUACACCCUGAACUCCGUCUGCGCUCACUUUCUGAACGAGCAGAAAGAGGACGUCCACCAUACGAUGAUCACAGAAUUGUACAACGGCACGCCAGAAUCACGCCGACGUCUUGCCGUAUACUGCUUGAAGGAUGCAUACCUACCACAGCGACUUAUGGACAAGCUCAUGUGUCUCGUCAACUAUACCGAAAUGGCUCGUGUCACAGGCGUGCCAUUCAACUUUCUGCUUUCCAAGGGUCAACAGAUAAAAUUCUUGAGCCAGCUUUACCGAAAAGCCCUGGAGCAACAACUCGUCAUACCAAGCUUGAAGAGCGAAGGGUCUGACGAACAGUACGAAGGUGCUACUGUCAUUGAGCCUACAAGAGGCUACUACGAUGUGCCAGUGGCGACGCUGGAUUUUGCGUCGCUGUACCCGAGUAUCAUGCAAGCUCACAAUCUAUGCUACACGACUCUACUCAACAAGACAGCUAUCGAAAAGCUCAGUCUGAAGAAGGACGAAGAUUACAUUCAGACUCCCAACGGCGACCUCUUCUGUACUGCGAAAGUCCGAAAAGGAUUACUGUCGCAGAUUCUGGAAGAGCUGCUGUCUGCCCGUAAGCGUGCGAAGAAAGAGCUUGCCGUUGAGACGGACACCUUCAGAAAGGCAGUGUUGAACGGUCGACAGCUUGCUCUGAAAGUCAGUGCCAACUCGGUCUACGGUCUUACAGGUGCCACUGUCGGUAAGCUCCCGUGUUUGGCCAUCGCUUCGUCAACUACCUCCUACGGUCGUCAGAUGAUCGAGAAGACCAAGGAGGAGGUUGAAGCUCGCUAUACCAUCGCCAACGGGUAUACGCAUGAUGCGCAGGUCAUCUACGGCGAUACUGAUUCGGUCAUGGUCAAGUUCGGUCCGAGUGACCUUGCCAAAGCCAUGGAGCUCGGACAGGAUGCGGCGGACUACGUAAGCAAGAAGUUCAUCAGACCGAUCAAGCUUGAAUUCGAGAAGGUGUACUACCCGUAUCUCUUGAUCAACAAGAAGCGGUAUGCUGGCCUGUACUGGACGAAGCCAGAGAAGUAUGACAAGAUGGACACCAAGGGCAUUGAGACUGUGCGUCGCGACAAUUGCAGGCUCGUGCAGACUGUUAUUGAGACAAGUUUGCGGAUGUUGUUGAUGGAUCGAGAUGUACAGGGCGCACAAGACUAUGUUAAGAAUACGAUCUCUGAACUUCUGCUCGGGAAGAUUGAUAUGUCUAACCUGGUCAUCACCAAAGCCCUUACGAAAUCCGACUAUGCAUCGAAACAAGCACACACCGAGCUUGCGGAGCGUAUGCGCAAGCGCGAUGCCGGCUCCGCGCCUGCGCUGGGUGACCGUGUAGCUUAUGUCAUGGUGAAGGGCGCUUCAGGCUCGAGAGGGUACGAGAACUCUGAAGAUCCCAUGUUUGUGCUGGAGCACAACUUACCCAUCGAUGUGAGAUACUAUCUUGACAACCAGCUCUCGAAGCCGCUUGGCCGCAUCUUCGAGCCCAUUCUAGGCGAGAAGAAAGCCGCUUCCUUGCUCACAGGCGAGCACACGCGCAGCAUCUCCGUCGCGGCGCCAACCAUGGGCGGCCUGAUGAAGUUCGCGAAGAAAACGGAAACAUGUCUGGGCUGCAAGAAGCCUCUGACUUCGACCGAAGAGCGAGGCGGCGCGGUGGGCGAAGAAUGUCGGCCACGAUUUGGCGAGCUUUACCAACGGAGUCUGAGCAAGGUCAGCGAGCUUGAGGUGCGUUUUGCGAGGUUGUGGACUCAGUGCCAGCGGUGUCAAGGGAGUAUGCACAAUGAGGUGAUAUGUUCGAGUCGGGAUUGUCCGAUCUUCUACAUGCGCAUGAAGGCGAAGAAGGAUGUGGAGGACGCGGGGAAGGAAAUGGACCGGUUUGAUAGGGAUGCGACGCUGUGGUAGCAACCCAGCACAGCGUCCUCCGACUGUGAUGUGGCACGCUUGGUGCGGUAGACGCGAGGGACUGUCGUGGUUCGCACGACCUGGGUUGGCUGUGAAAUGUCACGCCGCCGGGAUCGUCACACACAAGAGCUAGGCCAAGGCAGAACCUGCAUGCUGUAAUAGUACGCGGUGCUUUCGAGCGGAACUCUGCGCCGAUGUCUUAGUGCAGUCGCAGUUUUACAACGAUCCCUGCUUGGCUAACAAUAUGACCAUUGUGAUGGGGAUCUUGCUCCUGUGCUCACGUUAGCUCAACUGCCGGACACUGUCCCGU